AUGUCGAUCCCCGUCCAAACAAUAACCUCCUUCCGCACCGCUUUUUCCCCUUUCUCGCCGCUCGCGCGACCAUGCCGUGUCGUCCUCAACAUGCUGCAAACACCCUCUUCGGCGCCGGUCAGCAGCGCAACACACAUCAAGAUCCAGGUGUCGCACCUGCCACGCAACUCGACGCAGCAGCCGGAGAUGACAAUCGGGUUCAAGGGUGGGAAGGAGAUUAAGCUUGAGGUCGGCAAGCGGAAGAUGAAGAUUGGGGAUGUGGUGGAUGAGAUUGCGCGGGUGGGCAGAGUGAUUGAGCGCGAGGAGAGUUUGAAGUCAUGA